AUGAAAGUAACUGCGCUCUACGUCUACCCAGUCAAAGGCCUUCGAGGCAUCAGCCUCAAAGAGACCGAGUUUGGUCCUCAGGGUCUUCAGUAUGAUAGGCGAUUCAUGGUCUGCAAGGUUGACGACGGCAACUUCAAGUCUGUAACGCUGUCUAGUGUGCCAUCCUGCGUGCUCUUCCACCAAGCUAUUGUCGGCAGCGACAUUCAGAUCAAAUAUACAGUGCCGGCGAAGCCUCUUGUCCCGGCGGAUCCGUUACAAGAUGUCACACUGAGUAUACCAUUGGACCCUGGAUUAGAAGGAUUAUCACGACAAGAAAUCGAUCUGCAUAGAAGCAAGGUCAUGGCAUACCGCAUGGGCAGCAAGUUUGAUGACUGGUUCACUGCCUGCUUCGGGUUUGAGGCCGCCCUUGUUUAUAUUGGCCAAGAGCGAAGACCAGUGCUAGGCACGUUCUCACCCAGGAAUCCCAAAGACGAUGAAACUGAGGGAUGGAUAUCCUUCAUAUGGAAAUACAUCUUUGGAAGCAAUCCUGAGCCAGACUGGCUAACAUUUACCGACUGUGCACCUGUUCUGGUCACGUCCGAUGCGUCAUUGAAGAACGUCGAUGCCCGCCUACCUAGUGAACAGGUUGACAUGGCCAAGUUCAGACCUAAUAUUGUUGUAUCAGGCGAGGACUCCUUUGAUGAAGAUUAUUGGUCAGAGCUGGCAGUGAAUGGGCAAAACGCGAUUACCCUGACCAAGUUGUGCGGACGCUGCGUCUCUCUCAAUGUUGACUAUAACACUGGCUUACCAGGAGAGGGAGAGCGUGGCACGCUCUUGAAGAAACUCAUGGUAGACCGCCGCGUAGAUACGGGGGCAAAGUAUCAGCCAUGCUUUGGACGCUACGGGUUCUUGUCUGAUGGACUAGAUAGUGUGCAUGUCGCUGUGGGUGAUGAUGUUUCAGUUGUCAAGCGGAUCGAGGAGCGCCCAGUUUGGGAUUGGCCUGGACGAGAUAAGAAGCUGGCCAGAUUUUAUCGUUAUAGGUAA